AUGUCCAUGUUUCGGUCAGCUGCAGAGAUCUCAUCAUCAGAUUCUGAUUCCAUCUCAGAGGAAAGUGAGGACCAUGAGCAGGGAUUAUCACCUCCCCGAAAUGACUUGAAGACCGAAUCUCAAAGUCCCAAGAGGGGCAAGACCACCGGGAACGUCCCACAAAGACUCGAUGCUACAGAUGACACGGGCACAAACUCAGUCGAUGAUAUCUCAGCGCUAUCGCAAGACGCACUCGGUGUCAAUGCGGAUCGUCAUGCAAAUGUAAUGACGCACGCCCUGUUGGAAUUCUACUGUCAGAGUCGAGCCGCAGACAUUCUUAAUGCCCAGAAAGGCUCAAGCCGCGCAUUCACCCGGCACAGUCCCGAGGUACAAUACCUUGGCAAGAAGCUAUACAAACACAAAUCAAAGUUUCUUUCGACGCAUGGCAUCCUCGCAGGCGGCAUUGACAAGGACGAGCUGGGAGGAACCAGACAGAACUACCGCGAUCACCUUGACUUGCUCGGGGUUUCAGCUCUUGAAGAGAUGAACUUGAACGAGACCCAGAAGCAGUCUCCUUCUAUUCAUGCCGGCAAGGAACUUGCAUUGGUGCGAAAACCAUCACGAAACAGACCUGAGACGAGUCAUGUGGAAGAAAGCACCACCCGGUUCUGGCGUGCCCAGGGCGAAAAUGCGAUGUUCAGGAAACAACUCCCGUCCACUGGAGAGAUUGAUAUUCUGGGCGAUAUCUCCGGCGGCGCCAGGAAUUUGCCAGUCCCCUCGAGACCACUCUUCGGUAGUUCGCCGGUGGGCGUUCCUCUAUUCAAUGCGCCUGCUGCUCCACCCUACAACCAAUUGUCUCGCUAUUCCGUUGAGUUUAGUGAACUGAAGGUUCUCGGGCGUGGGUCAUUUGGCGAGGUGUAUCACGUCAAGAACCAUAUUGACGGACAGGACUAUGCCGUCAAGAAGAUCCCCCUCAGCAAAAGACGUCUCGAUCAAUUGCAAUAUGGAGGCCAAAAUCAGCUGGAAACCAUCAUGAAAGAAAUUCGAACGCUUGCCCGCCUCGAACACACCAAUAUCGUUCGAUACUAUGGGGCAUGGGUGGAGCAGGCGCAUCUGUCAAACCACAUGUCUCCCCAGCAGCAUCCAGAGCCCCCGCGGCACGAAGCCACACAAAUCGACUUGCCGAGUCAAGAUCCCACGCAGGAACCAAGUAUGGACAUUAUCUUUGAGCAUUCAGAGAACUCAGCCGUUGGCACCCACUCAGCUUCAACAAAUGGAGAGAACGGCUUUUCUGAUCCGAUACAGCGCUGGAACAGCCAUGCGACCACAUCUUCUCGCCAGUCUAGAAAGAGUUUUGGAAGGGAACUGGAUGAUGACGACGAGGACAUUGAAUCUAUUCCUCGCAACUUCGACCAUUCCUCGUAUGGACAAACGUCCACAUUCGGAGGAACCGACGACAUUUUUACCGAUGGUCUGAGUCAGGAUCAGUCCAAGCUGCAGGUGCACCGCCCCUAUCAAUCAAGCCACCUACCACCCGCCGUGGUUCUUCACAUUCAAAUGUCGCUGCACCCCAUCUCGCUCAGCUCAUACCUAAACCUCCAGGCAGCAGCCAAAUGUGGCGAUGGUAACUCACCUCCCAGACGCCAUUGUUUCCAUAUAAUGCCCUCACUGAAACUGAUGCUGGACAUUGUCUCGGGCGUCGAGUACCUCCACUCCAAGGGAAUUGUCCACCGGGAUUUGAAGCCCGCCAACAUUUUCUUGUGCACACCGGAGGAUAGCACAGCGGAUACCUGCAGUUCUUGUGAUUCUGGUGGCAACUCCCCAGUUCAAUUCUGCCGUCCUCGCAUAGGCGAUUUCGGACUGGUGGCCGACAUCUCGCAUUUGAACGAAGCUGCCUCUGAGGGGGCUGUGACGCCGUACCGAGAAGGUCCCAACAUCCAGCGGGUUGUGGGAACCGAGUUCUACCGGCCCCCGGCCAACGGACAAGGGUCUAUGGACGAAACAAGCUCGCGGUCCAGCUAUUUCGAUACGUACAAGAUCGACGAAAAACUCGAUGUCUACGCACUUGGAGUCAUUUUGUUCGAGAUCGUCUACCGCUUGAACACGAAGAUGGAGCGACAGCUGGUUCUGAAUGAUCUGACCCGUGGAUCUAGUAGCCAGGGCCGUUCGCAGUGCACAUCUUUUCCCACGGAUUUCCCCGACAAGGUUGACCUUGGCUGCCGGGUGCUACAGGAUGGAGAGUCGGUCGCCGAGUCCCUCAUGGCGUGCAUCAGGGGCAUGCUGGCGCCGCCAUCACGGCAGCGAUGGAGCUGUGGGGAUGUCAGGGAGCAUCUGCGCAAGAUCUAUAAAGCUGUCAAGAGACUCGACAAACCGCAAGGCUAG